CAGUUUUGUAGUCUCUGACAGCUCAAGGAGGGUUGUGGGGAUGCCGGGGGGUUGCUGGGUGGUUACAAAACAGCAGAAAGUUGGCAUACUGCGGACAAGGUGGUUGUGACAUCUCUCUCCACAUCUUAUGUUAUUGCAAGGCCACUUCACCUCAGCGGAAGAUUUGAACCUGCUGAUUGCCAAGAACACACGACUAGAGAUCUACGUGGUGACAGCCGAGGGGCUUCGACCUGUCAAGGAGGUGGGGAUGUACGGCAAAACCGCUGUCAUGGAGCUCUUCCGCCCCAAGGGGGAGAGCAAGGAUUUGUUGUUCAUCCUGACAGCCAAGUACAACGCUUGCAUCCUUGAGUACAAGCAGAACGGAGACAACAUUGAUAUCAUAACCCGUGCUCAUGGCAACGUGCAGGAUCGCAUCGGCCGUCCCUCGGAGACCGGCAUCAUUGGCAUCAUCGACCCCGAGUGCCGCAUGAUCGGCCUGCGGCUCUAUGAUGGCCUCUUCAAGGUCAUUCCAUUGGACCGGGAGAACAAGGAGUUAAAAGCUUUCAAUAUCCGCCUGGAAGAGCUCCAAGUCAUCGAUGUGAAGUUCCUUUACGGCUGCCAGGCUCCCACCAUCUGCUUCGUCUACCAGGACCCCCAGGGUCGCCAUGUCAAGACCUAUGAGGUGUCCUUGCGCGAGAAGGAGUUUAACAAAGGUCCUUGGAAACAGGAGAACGUAGAGGCUGAAGCCUCCAUGGUCAUCGCAGUUCCAGAGCCUUUUGGAGGCGCCAUCAUCAUCGGGCAGGAGUCCAUCACCUAUCACAAUGGAGAUAAAUACUUGGCUAUCGCUCCUCCUAUCAUCAAGCAAAGUACGAUUGUGUGCCACAACCGCGUGGAUCCCAAUGGGUCCCGUUACUUGCUUGGGGACAUGGAAGGCCGCCUCUUCAUGCUGCUACUGGAGAAGGAGGAACAGAUGGAUGGCACUGUCACCCUGAAGGACCUGCGCGUGGAACUGCUCGGCGAGACAUCCAUUGCAGAGUGCUUGACCUACCUGGACAAUGGAGUUGUGUUUGUGGGUUCUCGUCUUGGAGAUUCACAGCUUGUGAAGCUCAAUGUGGACAGCAACGAGCAGGGCUCCUACGUGGUGGCUAUGGAGACCUUCACCAACCUCGGUCCCAUCGUCGACAUGUGUGUAGUGGACCUGGAAAGACAAGGCCAAGGACAGCUGGUCACAUGCUCGGGUGCAUUCAAAGAGGGUUCCCUGAGGAUCAUCCGGAAUGGCAUUGGGAUUCACGAGCAUGCCAGCAUUGACCUGCCAGGGAUCAAAGGAUUGUGGCCCCUGAGGUCGGAUUCUCACCGUGAGACGGACAAUAUGUUGGUGUUGUCUUUUGUUGGCCAGACCAGGGUCCUGAUGUUAAAUGGAGAAGAAGUAGAAGAGACGGAGCUCACGGGGUUUGUGGAUGAUCAGCAGACGUUCUUCUGCGGCAAUGUGGCGCAUCAGCAAUUGAUCCAGAUCACCUCUGCCUCUGUGAGACUGGUGAGCCAGGAGCCCAAAGCCCUGGUGAGUGAGUGGAAAGAGCCCAACGGAAAGAACAUCAGCGUGGCUUCCUGUAACAGUAACCAGGUCGUGGUGGCUGUGGGACGGGCCCUGUACUACCUGGAGAUCCGACCACAGGAGCUCAGACAGAUCAGCUGCACAGAGAUGGAGCAUGAAGUUGCCUGCCUGGACAUCACCCCUCUGGGGGACACGAAUGGGAUGUCCCCGCUGUGUGCCAUCGGGCUCUGGACUGACAUCUCUGCCCGCAUCCUAAAGCUGCCGUCCUUCGAGCUGCUGCACAAAGAGAUGCUGGGAGGAGAAAUCAUCCCUCGCUCCAUCCUGAUGACAACCUUUGAGAGCAGCCAUUACCUUCUCUGCGCCUUGGGGGACGGAGCACUCUUCUACUUUGGGCUCAGCCUCGAGACAGGCCUGCUCAGUGACCGCAAGAAGGUGACCCUUGGCACCCAGCCCACCGUCCUGAGGACAUUCCGCUCUCUGUCCACCACCAACGUAUUUGCCUGCUCUGACCGCCCCACUGUCAUCUACAGCAGCAACCACAAGCUGGUCUUCUCCAAUGUCAACCUGAAGGAAGUGAACUACAUGUGUCCCCUCAACUCAGAUGGGUAUCCUGAUAGCUUGGCGUUGGCCAAUAACAGCACCUUGACAAUUGGCACCAUUGAUGAGAUCCAGAAGCUGCACAUCCGCACAGUUCCCCUCUACGAAUCACCCAGGAAGAUCUGCUACCAGGAGGUAUCACAGUGUUUUGGCGUGCUCUCGAGUCGUAUCGAGGUGCAGGAUGCCAGUGGUGGCACCACGGCACUCAGACCCAGUGCCAGCACCCAGGCCUUGUCCAGCAGUGUGAGCACCAGCAAGCUGUUCUCCAGCAGCACAGCGCCACAUGAGACAUCCUUUGGAGAGGAGGUGGAGGUGCACAACCUGCUCAUCAUAGAUCAGCACACCUUUGAAGUGCUUCAUGCUCACCAGUUUCUGCAAAACGAGUAUGCCCUCAGCCUGGUCUCCUGCAAGCUUGGCAAGGAUCCCAACACCUACUUCAUCGUGGGCACUGCCAUGGUCUAUCCUGAGGAGGCAGAGCCUAAACAGGGCCGAAUUGUUGUCUUCCACUACUCCGAUGGGAAGCUGCAGAGCCUGGCUGAGAAGGAAGUUAAGGGGGCCGUGUAUUCCAUGGUGGAGUUCAACGGGAAACUGUUAGCCAGCAUCAACAGCACGGUGCGCCUGUAUGAGUGGACAGCAGAGAAGGAGCUGCGCACGGAGUGCAACCAUUACAAUAACAUCAUGGCGCUCUACUUGAAGACAAAGGGAGACUUCAUCCUUGUGGGAGAUCUGAUGCGGUCUGUCCUCCUCCUUGCGUACAAGCCCAUGGAAGGAAACUUUGAGGAGAUUGCCCGAGACUUCAAUCCAAAUUGGAUGAGUGCUGUGGAGAUCUUGGACGAUGACAACUUCCUGGGAGCAGAGAAUGCUUUCAAUUUGUUUGUGUGCCAGAAGGACAGUGCGGCCACUACUGACGAGGAGCGCCAGCACUUGCAGGAGGUGGGAUUGUCCCACCUGGGAGAGUUCGUUAACGUCUUCUGCCACGGGUCUCUGGUCAUGCAGAACCUGGGUGAGACCUCUACACCAACACAGGGCUCGGUUCUCUUCGGCACCGUCAAUGGCAUGAUCGGACUGGUGACCUCACUGUCAGAGAGCUGGUACAACCUCUUGCUGGACGUGCAGAACAGGCUGAAUAAAGUCAUCAAGAGCGUGGGGAAGAUCGAGCAUUCCUUCUGGAGAUCCUUUCACACUGAACGCAAGACAGAACCAGCAACAGGAUUCAUCGAUGGUGACCUGAUCGAAAGCUUCCUGGACAUCAGCAGGCCCAAGAUGCAGGAGGUGGUGGCAAACUUACAGAUCGAUGAUGGCAGCGGCAUGAAGAGGGAAGCCACCGUGGACGACCUGAUAAAGAUCGUGGAGGAGCUGACCCGGAUCCAUUAGCAGGAUUUGGGGCCAUUCCCUAGCGCCUUCCUCCACGACCAGCAAGGGAAUCUCUUUCCCACCUGCAGCUUGGCGACCCAGCACCGGCAGCGAUGGCCCUCGCCCCAGGGGACAUGGGGGAAGGAGUCUCCGUGGGGGAGCCAACUUGCUAGGGAUUUGGGGGGGGCUGUUGGUCAGGCGUCGCCUUGUCACCUGCUUGGAUUCACAAAUCCUGCAGACUCGGCUGCUGACCCGGAGCUGGGCUUCACCAGUUGCUCUCGUUGGGCACCAACUGCUUGGCUGCGGCGCCCUUGCUCUUGUCUUUAGUAUCUUUAUUUUUUUGCUUUUGGUUUUGUUUUUAAUUCUUUCUGCCUCGUGGUUUUUGGAAGAGGAAGCAAAGCUGCCUCUAAGGCGAGGGUUGGAGGAGUUGGACACGGGCGUGAAGGGGGAGGAUUCCUCCGCAUCUGGGUAACAAAGCCGAGCAGGACAGCACCUUCCUCUCUCUCUCUCCACAGGCUCUGUGGCUCGCUCAGGGAGGGAAGUUCUGGGAAGCUCCAUCAGUUGUUGGUUUCUGAGUUUUACCAAAUAAAGUAGUCCAAGAGGAAGGGUUUGUCUCCUGGUGCUGAUCUCUGCAGUGUGACUCCCCACUCUGCAGAGCCAUGUCCUUGGCUGGAGGAACCCCUUUCCCAAGCCAAGGUGGUUUCUGGAGGCAUUCCCUGUGUUGAAAAGUGGUUCUAUGCUCAGUGGCAGUGAGAACAGGCUCAGUGGAUCAGGCUGUAGUUUCUGGGAGUGCGUCUGGUUUCCAGAUCCAUUUUUAUGGCACAUGUUUGACUUCAGGAGAUCUUUGUUUCCCCGCCUGACUCAGACAAGUUGGUGAUGGGGUUGCUGAGUGGAGGCACAUCCUUUGUGGGGUUUUUGAGGAGACCUGGACCCUGUACAUCGCUUUGGGAGAAACAUCUCAGCAGCUUGCCUCUUGCCUGCAUUGCUUCUCUGCAGUUCCUGGGCCUGGAUUGUGUGGUGGGACAGGAGAUAGUGUAGCCAUGCUGAUGUUGGCAGUGGAGCAGAAGGAAGCCAGAGGCUCUUCUUGAGCAGCCCUGGGUUUUCCUUGUGAGCUUCAGCUCCGCUGCAGUGGUCCCUGUGGAGCUGGGGGAUCAGGACUUGAUGUUAUCGCCGCAUUGUCCUGCUCUGCCUGCUUGUUGUUGGUGUUCUUGCUGAGCCGGGCUGUGGGAGAGACAGAGAGAUGCAUCCUCUGCUCCACCACCUUCUCCACUGUAGGGAAGAGUAGGACCAGACCAUGGUCUGCGGCUCCUAGUGGAGGGCUGAGCACAGGAGGUUCCUGCAGAUGCAGCUCUGCAGGGUCUUCUGCCUGCACUGGGACCAGUAGCGUGGCGAAGAAAGCCGAGAGCAUCUUGGCUUGGAUCAGCCGUGGUGUGGCAAACAGGAGUAGGGCAGGGAUUGUGCCCCUGGACUGGGUGUUGGUGAGCCACACCUUGAAUCCUGGGUUCAGUUUUGGGCCCCUCACUCCAAGAAGGACAUUGAGGGGCUGGAGCACAUCCGGAGAAGGGAACAGAGCUCGGAAAGGGCUGGAGAACAGGGGUUCUAGGAGUGGCUGAGACACCUGGAGAAGAGGAGGCUGAGGAGAGACCUCGUUGCUCUCUGCAGCUGCUGAAAGGAGGUUUUGGUGAAGCAGGUGCUGGGCUCUUCUCCCAAGCAACAAGUGAUAGGAUGAGAGGAAAUGGCCUUAAGUUGCACCAGGGGAGGUUUAGAUUGGAGAUUUAGGAACAAUUCCUUUACUGCGAGAGUGGUGAAGCAUUGGAAGAAGCUGCCCAGGGUGGCGGUGGAGUCUCCAUCCCUGGAAAGGUUCAAAAACUGUAGAUGGGGCACUUGGGGACAUGGUUUAGUCAGCAUGGUGGGAUUGGGCUGACAGUUGGACUGGAUGAGCUUAGAGGGCUUUUCCAACCUCAAUGAUUCCAUGAUUCUAUGACUGUUAAGAAGCAAAUGUUGGAUGUGGGGUCUCAGGCUGGUCCUCCUCAAGGGUCGAUUAGUGUGAACUAUGCUGGAUUCUCCUGCUGGUGACUUGCAGGUUGGGGGCCUGGGUUGCUGCUUCCUGCGUGGGGGAUCCC